UUCAGACUCAGCAGCAGAACAUCACAGUGCUAUGAUGGAGGAGGAUUCUCACACCAAUAACUCGUCCUCUGGUGAAGAUAAAGGCUGUUUAGAGGAAGAAGGAUAUCUGGUUAGUCUAGCUCUAAUCAACGUCUUCACCUUCGUCAUCGGUCAGCCUGUAACAGCCAGACUGCUGUGGAUCACCUUCACCGCCAGGAAGUCCAUCGAUAUCCUUAACUGUAACUUAGCUCUCUUCUACAACUUCCUGUACCUGGCAUACAUGCUGCACCUCAUCUUCCUGUUCGUCUUCCAGCAGCAACAGUCGGACCUCCUCAAUAGUUUAUUAAUUUACAGCCAAGUUGGAGGCUCCAUGGGUUUAUGUUUCAUAUGCAUGGAGCGGUACGUGGCCGUGAUCUACCCCACCUCAUACCCUCUGCUGAAGAAGUACAGGUGGAGGGAGGUCUGUGUGGGGACAGUCUGGCUCAGCUGUCUGUCCACCUUCACACUGAACACCUUGGCCAAGGACAACAUCUCCUCCCUCAUACAGAAGAUGAUUAAAAACAUCCCUCCCUCAGUCAUGCUGCUCAUGACCGUGCUGAUGGCGUGCUGCACCGUCAGAAUGGUCAGGGUGCUGAUGAAGUCCAGCCCAGGACGUGACAGACUGCAUCCCGCCAAGAGGAAAGCCUUCAGAAUCAUCUGGGCAACCACGGCCAUAAACCUGCUCUUCUACAUCCCGGUUGCUUUGGUGCAGAAGUUGAAUCAGGAUGAAAUCUGGUUCCAGUGCACUCUCACCCCCGUUUUAUUGCUCAUUUUAUCGGCUGCCAGUGUUGUACACCCAAUGUUUUACCUUUCCACCAAGGGGGAGCUGUUUCCAUGCUUAAAGAGGCGGAUUUAA